CUUCAAUUCUAACCCAAUUCGACUCCCAGUUGCUAUUUAUGCACCCUGUGCAGCUCGCAUCCCCGUCCACCUUGUCUCGGGAGUGACCCGCAUCGAUUCCGUCAUAGGAAGAUUCCCGAUCGCAUUUUUCCGCUCAGCUCAUCAGCUCAGCCGCCCUUUAUCUUUGGAGCUCCGUGCAGAAGGUGCAAUACACAUUAUGGCGCUCCCUGAGAUACUGAGCAGAAUGGUGUCGGAGGAUGCAGUGCCUCUGACGCCUCGUGAAGCGGCAUCUGGUUUACUAGGCUCGGUGUCUAUGACUUGCUGGAUUUUCCUAUUGGUACCCCAACUCAUCGAGAACUAUCGCAAUGGCAACGCGGAGGCUAUCUCCCUCCUCUUCGUCUUCGUCUGGUUCAUCGGUGACAUAACAAAUCUCCUCGGCGGCGCUCUAGCAGGCCUAGUUCCCGUCAUUGUCGCCAUUGCCGUGUAUUUCUGUAUCGCAGACGGUGUUCUUAUCGCCCAAUGCCUCUACUACAAGGCGCGCAAUUCGCGUCGCGAGAACAUCCUCCGCCGCCGGCGCUCGUCGACCGAGACCCCCGAUCCAACCACCCCACUUCUCGGCCGGCGAUUCAGCGACUCCUUCCCUGCUGCCUCGGGUCGACGGAGAUCGUCCGGUUCGAUGCGUGGUCACCAGGGCGCGGGUCGCCGUGAAAGUCAGGUUGAAGAUCCCCUAGCCAAAAUCGUGGAGGAGAGUGAGUACGGGCGCAAGGCGUGGAUCAAGAACUUGAUUAGCGUGAUCGGUAUUUUUGUGGUUGGAAUGGCUGGGUGGACGAUUGCCUGGCAGACGGGAAUUUGGGCGCCGGCGCCUCGGGAGAACAAUAAGCCAGCUGAUAUGGCAACUAGUGGUGCGAUUUUGGGAUAUGCCAGUGCUGUGUGCUAUCUGGGAGCGAGAUUGCCCCAAAUUUACAAGAACUAUCGGGACCAGUCCUGCGAAGGUCUCUCGCUCCUUUUCUUCAUUCUUUCCCUUCUGGGUAAUCUGACUUACGGCGCCGGGAUUCUGUGCCACUCAACUGACCAUGAUUAUGUGGUCACCAACCUACCCUGGCUCAUUGGAUCGCUGGGUACCAUGGCAGAAGAUGCCGUCAUCUUCUUUCAAUUCCGCCUCUACGCCGUCCAAGAUGCUGAGUCAACUCUAACCUCAUGAUCGAGCUGUUCGAUGAACGAUUCUCUUUUUGGGAAGUGGAUUUUUUGUCAUUAUCGGUGGAUGUCUAUUAGCUACGCUUGUCAAUUUUGGGAGGUUUUGCUUGACUAAUGGCUUUGUAUCAUGUCGGAUUAGUUGGUGAACUUCAAAAGGCGAGCAUGGCGUUUUCUGUUUUUGAUGUGGAUAAAUACGCUGUGCAAUGUACAUAAAUAGGAUGUUGGGGUUAUCUGACGCAAUGAAAUCGCUUGAUAUGAACAC